AUGAAGCCCGAUCUCGAGUCUGGCGCCGCACCACGCGUGCCCGGUCUCUUCCGCCGUCGUCGCAGCUUGCUGCUGCUGCUCGUCCCGCUGCUCGUCGUGCUGGGCCUCUACAGCGCCGCCUCGCCCUCCUCCGUCUCCUCCACGCUGCGCUACGUGCAGGAUCGUGUGCGUCCAGCGCCGCUGGCUGCGCUGCCCUCAGCGGCGCAUGGCGCUCCGCCGCCUGUCGCAGCACUGGGAGAGGGCCGCUACGAGGCGACCGAGGCGCUGGCCAAGCUGGCGAAGGAGCACGGCGUCGUCCUGCCGGGCACGCCGCUCAAGCUUGCCGGUGCCGCGGCGGGCCCUGCGCCGGAGCCGGAUGCGGCAGCGAAGCUGGCGCUCUUCCUUCGUCGCAUCGAGGAUGCGGCCUGGACCGUGCCGGAUGACAAGACGGCGCGGCAGCUCGUCGUCAGCCCGUCGGGCGCGGAGGCGGAGAGGAGCCUGCGUGAGGGACGCGGCGGAGAGGCUGAGGCUAAGGAGUACGUGCGCUCGCCGACGCGCUGGGGCAUCUCGCACCAGCCUGGCCUCGUCAUCUUCUCCAAGACGUACUGCCCAUACUCGAAGAAGGCCAAGGCUCUGCUGACGAAGCUGGGCGCCAAGUUUGAGCCUGUCGAGGUGGACCUGAGGUCCGACUCGGCAGCGUUCAAGGAGGCGCUCAUGGAGCUAAGUGGCGGGCACAGGACGUUCCCGCAGAUCUGGAUCGGCGGCAAGUUCCUCGGCGGCUCCGACGAUCUCGCGCUGCUCAACGACCCGCCGCUGAACGUGCUGCACGGCAUGCUGCAGGCCGCCGGCGUCAUGGGCUAG